AUGUCUUACCCUGCAGGGACCGUUAUUAGUGUUCACGAGCAUUUAAUUAACUUACUUCCUUAUGAGGAGGACGACGGGUGGGGGGAGAUGGCGGCGGACGCGGAGGACUCGGCGCAGGCGGAAGGGGGGAGCAACAGCGCAGCAAGCGCGUGGGAGGAAAAGGCGCGCGCGCUGGGCGGAAGCGCGAAGGAGAGGCAGCUGGCGCGGCUGCUGCCGGUGCUGUUCCUGGUGUCGUCGUCUCUCAUGCCCACUGCGCGCCGAUACCCGCUGCUGCUGCGCGAUCGACGGUUGCUGCAUCACGUGCGCACAGGGCUGUUUGGGGUGGAUCUCGCUGCGCUCUCCAUCCCCCUGGACGCCACGUCAGCGUAUUCCACGUCAGCAAGAGCAGCGGCGGCAGCAGCGCGUCCGCACCUGUUCUUCGCAAAGAACCUCUACCUACCACUACACACGGACUCUCUUUGCGGAUUCGCCGCUUCCCCCCUCCCCCGCUCCCCCGACCCCCUCUGGCGCACCCUCCGCGCGCACCACCUCCUCCCCCCCAACGGCCUGCCGAUCCUCAACCCGAACUGGGUGCCUCGGCUGCCGAACCAGCCUCUGAACCGGCAGGAUUGGGAGCACAUGGUGGUUGGGGAGGCCUUGCGUCGGGAUUGGGUGGUGGUGGUGUCGCUGGUUUGGAGCGCGCAUGGGGGGAGGGAGGGGCAGGGAGUGGCUGGGGGGGAGGAUAUCGGUUUUGGGGACGGGGAGCUUGUGAAAGAAGGAGCAGGCGGAAAGGAGGGCGCGGAGAGUGAUUAUAAGGAGGCGGCUGACGCGAUGAAACGUGUGAUAGUAAUGAUGCGGGAGCUCUUUGGCGAAUCGCGCGUGGUGGUAUACGACGAGCACGUGCCGUUGUUACAAGCCAAGGACCUCUUCUCCCGCGCGAUUCUGUUCGUCGGUCCCACGUCGCCCGCGCUGUCGAAUCUCAUCUUCAUGCCAUUCAACUCCACGCUCAUCGAAAUCCUCCCUCGCCCCGUCGCCAUGGCCGCUGCGUCCAUCCCUGGCGUCGGCCAACAGCGGGCUGCCACGUGGCAUUUCCACCUCGCUUUCCGCCUCGGCAUCCAUCAUUUUCUCUCAGCCUGCGAUCCGACUAAGCUGAACUGCCAGUGGCCCUGUGAGGAGCACUGCCACGUGGACGAGGUGUACGGUACAGUCACCGCGCUGAUCCGUAACAACCCUACACUUCACGCGUUAACCGGGUUACCACCCGUCUCCUUUCCACCGGACGAGUCGGCCAGCCUCGGCGACUUCCGAAGAAUAAUCCCAGGCUCGAGACUUAGGCCUGGAAGAGGCGAGCCGGCCGCGUUCAAGCGAUGGAUGCACUGCGUGGAGGAGCGCGGCGAGUGGCGGUACAACGCGACGCCUAGGGUUCUACCGUGGGAGGAGAAGGGGACUCAGAGCUGCGACUCUCAGCACAUGAAGCAGGGCGGAGUUGCGGGGAAGUACGCGGACAAAAUAGCUAACUCGGGGUGGGAUCCCGCUGCUGCUGCUGCGGCAUGGAAGGUUCGAGAGAGUUUGAAGUACGAGUGGGUGGUGCCUCGGGAAAAGUGUGCUGGAGUUAUCGGAGGGAGGCAGGCGGUGGUGGGGAGGGAGGGCGUGCAGGGGGAGAUGUUUUCGAGGUUCGACGGGCGCGCGCUUUGCGAGCUGGCCGCGCGGCGGAAGGAUGGGCUGCGGAUUGCUUUUAUCGGGGAUUCGCUGACGCGGUCGACGGGCGCGCGCUUUGCGAGCUGGCCGCGCGGCGGAAGGAUGGGCUGCGGAUUGCUUUUAUCGGGGAUUCGCUGA